UCCGUGGCGGUCGGCUGCGCCAUCCAUGUUUCAGGUCCAAGGUGUCCUCUUCUAUGCUUCUCUUGCUGCAAAAGUGCUGUGUUUGAGUACACUCGUCAGUGAAGCUACAGUUCAAACCAUAUGCACCCCAACACAGAUUGCCACCCGGGCCAAUUGUGGGAGCACCACAGUACUUCCCUGCCCAUUCACAGUUGAAGGAGAGGGAAUGGAGGUAACCUGGCAGAAAACGAAACCUCUGUUGGUGGUCUACAUAUCAAACAAUUUGCCGAAAAAUCAGUACAGGGGCCGGACGACAAUGCAACCAGGUUGGAACAAAAUGGGAACAGCCAAUCUGACUAUCCACGACCUCAGAGUGGAAGACAUGGGAACCUACGAAUGCAACAUCCGCCUGAAUUCAAAUUCCAGAAGCAAAUCUUGCUCCAUGGUAACCCUGAAGGUAGAUCCAGGUGAAAGAGAUGUCUGGGCAAGCUCCACAGAGGUCACAGUAAGGGCAGGGGAAGAUCUAAUCCUCCACUUUUCCCACAAUCUGAAAUGUUUUACAUCUAAUCUACACCUAACCUGGAUGCAAGGCAGAAACUUGAUUACUACCAUGAGCAUUGGCCAGGAGCCACCUGUAAAAGAGAUCCCUGGUGUUUUGGCCAGCUAUGCAAGUGGAAAUGCUACUCUGCUGCUAAAAAACAUCACAACUUCCCAAGCAGGAAACUACACAAGUUGCUUCAAAGAUUCCGCCUCCAAACAAGAAUGCUGUGCGGUCUCAAAUGUCAUCGUUGCAGAGACCUGGAGCGGCACAGAACCAACUCUGAUUCACAGUCACUACAUACUAACCUUAUUACUGGUGGUUCUGUUCGGCUGUGUGAUGACUCUGUCAUAAUCGGGAGAUCUAGAGGAAGUCUGUGUAGUUUCUCUCCAGCCUGUGAAGUUGGAGUCUUGCAACACUUGGUAUAUUGUGCCAUCUGAAUUAUAUCAUUGUGUUAAGUGCAUAUCAAGUGUAAGACUC